AUGGCCCCGAUGUUGGAAGCUCUGGAAACGUACAUCCAAUGGUCGUUGAAGUUGAAGCUCCAAGCUAAGCACGGGACUUCGACUGCGCGUACGAUUUCAUUCUCAGCAGAAGCACCCAUUCUUGACUCCGUGCAGAAUUUCGAUCGUUUGACCGUGCCAAGCUCCAGGGCGCGCUCUGUAAACGGUUUAGAUGAGCAAAUCACCACAGGGAAUGCUCUCGGAAUAGCCGUUGUUUCUCCCAUUAGGUCUCCUCCUAGAUUGAGUCGCAUACCACAAGGCUCUGAAUUGUUGCAGACAUCUGUGGCGGGAGAAAGACGGGAAUCGUACGGGGACCUGGUCAUAGAUGAAUUCAACAAAUUUCCCACGCUCGGCCGGCAGAAUGAUGUACCGGAUGCUUUGUUGCGGAUCGCCGACUCCUACAUGUGUUCUGAGUGGUUCCAACAAUGGCUACUCACUACAGCUCAGGAGCUCAGGAGCUCUGACUUAGCGAGUCAAGAUAGAGACAGAAGUCGAGAUUGUCUCCCCAUUAAGUUCAAAUGUCGUGAGCGUCGUAUGGUCGCAGCCAGGAGUGUGAGCAGGAAGAUCUCGUACACAUUUCUCCCCGUAGGACUGCUUGGGUAUUGGGUUGCGUAUCUUACUGCAUUUCCACUGGGAGCAUCUAUCACCUAUGACGUCAAUUUUCGUUGCUAUGCACAGAAGUCGUCCCAUAUAUAUAUCACAUCCUCGUUCACUUAUUCGACUUCGACACCGAUACAACUAGUCAUAGCUCAACAAUCACCGCGCAUCUCGGCAAUCCUCUUCACACCACAAUACACGCAUAAAUACGUGCCACCGGUCCUCGAGGCCUGA